CUGGCCACACUGCUGCUUAGCUGUAUAAGAAAAUUCUCAUAAAAAUCGGGCGAAGCAGGGAAUUAUGUCACAACGCAAUCACCGAGUGGACCGCUUCGCUCAAAUGACGAAGCAGGAGGAGAUCAUUGCCAAGAAGCGGCAGGAAAUCCUCGAGAAGCAGAAGACUGCGCAGCUGGCCAAGGCGGUGGCCGCGGCCCAAAACCUGGCAGCGCUGCAGAAAACGGAGACGCCAUCCGUAAAAGCAGUCGCCCACGACGAGGAGGAGGAGGAUGAGCAGCAACAUCAUCAGCAGGACUCCGCUGCCUUGGAUACAUCAGUGGCCUCAAUAGGCGAGGAGGGGAAUGGCCUGGAGGUGGGCCCCAGCGAGGCCCCAGCCGGCAAGGCUAAGGUGGAAGACUCUGUGGCACAUAAGACGCUCAAUAGUUUCACCGGAAAGACGGGAAAGAUUACAUUCGGACUAAAGCGUCAACAGCUGCCACAGCCCAGUGUGGAGCAGCCGCCCCCUAAGGUUAAGAACACCUUUUGCAACGAUGGUUCCUUCUUGGAGAACUUUAAAAAAAUACUCGAAAAGCACGAGAAACCGCCGCCACCCAUGCUAGUGGCACCCGCUCCAGUGCCCAGCGGGGAGGAGAACAAUGCCUUGGAGACACACGCCCCGGAGAACAGCAGCCCGCAGCUGGAGGCAGCCAUUGCCAUUAGCUCGGCGGCAGCGAUGGCCACCUCUAUUACGGUGACCAGUUCGGCGCCCACUCAUCUGGCUUUCGGCUUGCCUGUCCAGGCCGUGCAACCGCCGCCACCACCGCCGUUCGCUUUUAAUCCCGCGCUGUUAACCCAGGGACCACCACAAAUGCAGCUGCCAGCUGCUUUCUUCCACGGCCACCUGCCCCUGCAGCUGCAUCCGGCCGCAGUGGCUCCGCCACCGCCACCACCUCCGCCACAGCUGCCCAUUGCCCUUGCCAAUAUGGGACAAAUAUACAUGCAGCUUGGCCCGUCGCCAGUGGAGGCCUUGCAGCAGCUAAAUGCUAUACCGGCGCCCAAGGAGUUCGACUUGAACGCCAUUCCCAAGCCGCAGAUCAACCUGGAGGCCAUUCAGAUGCCCACAAUAGGCGGUCAUACAGCGGAGCAGCUUGGCCUGCUGCCCGAGCAUAUGGCAGCUGCAGUCAAUGCCCACCCACCGCCUCCGCCGCCGCCCGUGCAGGAGGAGCAGCAACAGAUGCAGCAGGUGAUGCCACCUCAGCCACCGGAGCCUGCACAGCCCGCAGUAAUCCCGCCCCAAGUUUUUUCAGAAACGUGCAUACAAUUGCCAACGUGCUUAGAAAACCUAAUCGCACUGGUCGCGGAAAACGGUGAAGAUUAUGAAGAUAAAAUACGUUUGCAUAGAAGCGAGUUGCAUCCGGCCCUGUGGUUUCUUUAUGAUAAGAACUGCGAGCAGUAUCGAAGCUAUCGAUCCCAACUCCUUGACUACGAACGCCAGCGGAUCGAGCGGCAACGGGAGCGACAGCAUCAGCAGCUAAGUCUGGCUCAGGAGCAGGAGCAGCAGCAACAGCAACAGCCCCAAAACGAGGAGCAAAACAGCAACUCGGCGGCUGACAAAUACGAUCCGGAAUCGGCCAUCAGUGCGGAUUUCGAUUCGGAUGACGAGUAUAUGCGCGGCAUGAUGGAUCGCAACCGGGAUAAUAUCAAGCGCCGGAUCGAGUGUCGCAACGAGCUGAGUGACGAGGAGCGACGCGAGCGAGAAGAGUCGGCCGCUGCCGGUGGCCGAGACGAUGCGGACGACCAGGAUGAGCAGGAGGAUAAGGAGUCGCAGAGGCAGCGUAGGAAACGAGAGCGCAAGAGCCGCUGGGGAGAGAAAGAGCAGCAGUUGCCCAGUUCAAGCACCUCUGGCAAUUUUGGAAACCAAAACAAGCCCGUGCUAUCCAGCAUCACUCGCACCGAUCCCGCACUCUUGCAGUAUGCUCGCCUCAACUAUGGCUCCACCCAGCUGACCGAGGAGCAGUGGAAGCAAUGCGAGGAGCACUACAAGGUCAACCUGCUGUACCAGGACAUGAUGCGUAAGCGGCAGGAGAUAGAUCGUUUGGCCCGCGGUGGCAAAUUCAAGUACGAGUACGACUCAGACGAGGACAUUGAGGGCGGAACGUGGGAGCACAAGCUACGCACAGCUGAAAUGGAGGCCACCUCGUUGUGGGCCAAUGCCCUAACCAAACAAAGUGAGGGAAAGCAUCACAUCGGCGACUUCUUGCCGCCUGAGGAGCUCAAGAAGUUCAUGGAGCAGUACGAAGCGAAGAAGAAUAAUCGACAGCCCGACCUAAGCGACUACAAAGAGUACAAACUGAAGGAGGACAACAUUGGAUUUCAAAUGCUGCAGAAGCUCGGCUGGAAGGAGGGCCAGGGUCUGGGCCAGGACGGAGCCGGUAUUGUGGAUCCCGUCAACAAGGCCCCUCAACGCGAUGGAAAUCAGGGUCUGGGAGUAAGCAGCGCUGCCCAGCCGGAGGACUGCGACAAUGAAUACGAUGCCUACAGGAAGCGCAUGAUGCUGGCCUAUCGCUUUCGUCCCAAUCCCCUGAACAAUCCCCGUCGCGCAUACUACUAAUGCAGCAUCUCUACUACCUAGCAGCCACGUCCAAGUGGGUUCCAAAUGUAUUGUAAACACUUUUAGGCUUAGCUUGCACAUCUCUCGAUGAAUAAAAGCCUUGUUCAAAUUAAACAAUGGGAACAACAA